AUGGGGCGCCUGCGCAGAUGGAAAGAAGUGGCUAACGUGGCGACGCCGCCAGAGGGCGAGGCAGCUCCUAAAGUUAAAGUCGAAGUAGAGCCUACGGAGAGGUUCUUCCAAGUCGAGAACCACCUUCACCUCAACCUGAACCUUCGGCUAGGGGCUGUCUACCCUGAGGCCGAGCUGCGCAGAAAAUGCCCACAGGACAGGCUCGCGAAACUGGAAGAGUGCUUGUCCGACAGCUCCAUGCUGAAAGAGGUCGCAGGGCCGGAGAAGCUGAACGGAGAAGAGCUUAGCCGGCUUGGCCAAGGCUCAACUGCCUCCAAAAGAUCGGCUCCCCCCUCAGAGGAUGCCAGGCGCCUGAAAAGAAGGGCCCUCAGCAGAAAGCUCUGCCUCGGACAGCUGGUGUGGGACUGCUCCACGCACCCCGCGCGCCCGGCCAGGAUCAUUGCCAUUUGCGCCCAGGAGGAGCGGCCCUUCCUGGUUCGUCAUUUGGACACUUCUGGCAGAUCCGGUAGCUUUUCUGUGAACGGUGUGGUGAGUGUUAACGGACGCCCGGGCGUUGUGACCUGGGACGGGCGGCCGCAUCACGACUUCGCCAAAGUCAGGUUUGAAGACGGCAAGCAAAGCGACGUCCUGCCAGUGUGCAGUCUAGAGGCCCACAAGCCGCCCGUGGAAGAGCAGGUCUUUGUGUCAGACUUCGAUCUUGAGUCCCUUGAACUCAGGCACCUGCUGCGGCCAGGGGGUGCUGACCCCACUCCCGGCCGCUCCCAUUCCCAGCCCACUCCCGAAACUCUCGUAGCUCCAGCGGGUGUCACACUGAGGAACUCGGAAGCGAAGGCUGCUUUGCAGGGCCUCCGCGUGGGGCAGGUCUGCUGGAGCUUCGGAGGCAGUCGCCUGCCCUGGCCCGUAAAGCUUCUCCAGGAGUGGCCAGAGACCCAGAGCUGGAAGGUGCAAUUCCUUGGGGCAGAGGAGAGAGAGGAGAAAAUCUCGGUGGCAUGCCUACGGCCGUACAUGGAAGGAGACUCUGCCGUUUUAGCGGGCGUACUAAAGACUGCGGAGGAAGAGCAUGCUAAAUGCUGUGAAGCUGCCGCCGAGAAAGCCUGGGCCAGCUGA